AUGUUUUACGAUUGGAAUUCUUUUUGCCGAGGAUCUAUUACAAGUAUUUUGACAUUUUCAACAAUACAUCAUGUAUUGUCGAAAUUAAUAUCAUGUAAAGAUAAACGACAACACUGGAAACAAGUAAAUGUAUUUACAUCAUUUAUUCAUUCAAUUCUUUCAUCAACUAUAAGCAUUUAUUUUUUCAUAGAAAAUCCUAAAAUGUGUACAACAGAUAUAAUAUCAUCAUUUACAAGAAAUGCUUAUUUAUUUGUUUCAUUUGAAAUAGGCUAUUUUAUUUUUGAUUCAAUUGAUAUGUUAAAAAAAGCACGUGGUAGACAAACAUAUGAAUAUCUUCUACAUCAUAUUAUUAUUAUUGGAUGCUUUGGUAUUUCAGUUUAUUAUGGUCAAUAUAUUGGAUAUUCUGUUCUUAGUUUAUUUCUUGAAAUAAAUAGUAUAUUUUUGCAUUUACGACAAUUGCUCCUAUUGUGGAAUAUAUCUCGACGAAGUAAAAUUUUUCUUAUUAAUAUUAUACUUAAUCUAGUUACAUUUGUUGUUUUUCGUUUUGGAAUUAUUACAUAUAUGUCUAUUUGGUUAAUCAUUAAUCGUUCAAAUGUGCCGUUAGUUCUUUCAUUUAUUGGUCAAUCAGGACUUUUGAUAAUGGCAAUUAUUAAUAUAAGUUUAUUUUAUCGAUUAUUAAAAAGUGAUUUUUUAUCAGUUUAA